GCCGGCUGGACACGCGCGCACAGACUCCGGCUAGAGCCGCCCUUGGUGUCAGUGGCCGGGCUCCCGCGUCCGCCCCAGCUGCGGAGCCGCCUUAGCACCUGUCGGUCGCUGAGUCCCGGAGCCGGCGCCCCUGACUCCGUCGGGGCCAGGAAGGGGGGCCAUGGUUUCCCUGCCCAGGUCCCCAGCGACCAACUUGCUGCGGUUUUUGUUCCUGGGGCUGAGUACCCUCGCGUCCCCCUCGCAGGCCCAGCUGGAGCUCCACGUGCCCGCUGGCCUCACCAAGCUGAAGGCGGUGGAAGGAGCAGAAGUAGUGCUCCCGGUGUGGUACACCCUACAAGGGCAGGUGUCCUCCGGCCAGACGUGGGAGUUGCUUGCUGUGAUGUGGUUCUUGGAACAAGAAGGGAAGGAUCUGAACCAGGUGUUGGCGUACAUCAGCAAGACCAUGACAAGCAAACCUGGGGUAUCCCUGGUCUACUCCAUGCCCUCCCACAACGUGUCGCUGCGGCUGCAGGGCCUCCAGGAGAAAGACUCUGGGUCCUACCGCUGCUCUGUGAAUGUGCAAGACCAUCGAGGCAUAAAUGGGAGCCACAGCAGCAAAACUUUAGAACUCAGUGUGCUGGUUCCUCCAGCUCCUCCGUCCUGCCGUCUCCUGGGUGUGGCCCGUGUGGGGACCAACGUGACCCUGAGCUGCCAGUCCCCCAGGAGUAAGCCAGCUGCCCAAUACCAGUGGGAGCGGGCACCCCCAUCCGCCCAGGUUUUCUUUGCACCAGUUUUAGAUGCCAUCCGGGGGUCUUUAAGCCUCACAAACCUUUCCAGUUCCAUGUCCGGAGUCUAUAUCUGCAAGGCCCACAAUGAGGUGGGCAGUGCCCAGUGCAAUGUGACCUUGGAAGUGAGCACAGGGCCAGGGCCUGCUGUUGUUGCUGGAGCUGUUGUAGGCACUCUGGUUGGACUAGGACUGCUCGCUGGGCUGGUCCUCUUGUACCAUCGCCGGAGCAAGGCCCUAGAGGAGCCGGCCAAUGACAUUAAGGAGGACGCCAUUGCUCCCCCGACCCUGCCCUGGCCCAAGGGCUCAGACACAAUCUCCAAGAACGGGACCCUUUCAUCUGUCACCUCAGCACGAGCCCUCCGGCAACCCCAAGGUCCUCCCAGGCCUGGUGCACUGACCCCCACACCCAGCCUUUCCAGUCAGGUGCGGCCCUCACCCAGGCUGCUCAGGACAGAUGGGGCCCACCCUCAGCCAACAUCCCCCAGCCCUGGUGGGGUGUCUUCCUCCACUCUGAGCCGCAUGGGUGCUGUCCCCGUAAUGGUGCCCGCCCAGAGUCAGGCUGGGUCUCUGGUGUGAUGGUCCAGCCACUUGUCAGCUAAGCUAUCUGGUUUAUCCCCUUCUUCUAGCGGUCACCCCUGUACAGAGGACUGAGUCUUGGGAGACCAUCUUCUAGACCUCCAGUCCUCUGCCCCCACCUUUCUUUCCUAUGGGAAAACUGAGUCUCAGUUAAGACUCAAAUUUUCAGGAGGUAGAAGGGGAAGUGGACCUCAGAUUAUGAAGAGCGUCCGCCCCCUUGCCCAGUUCUCUCAGUGGCUCUAGUGAAUGCUGCUGAGGUUGGCUACCUGCCCACUGGGGCCCUGGUGGGGACUGCCAGUCAGGGAGUCCUCCAGGCCCCCUUGAUCUGUACUCCACCCCAUCUAACAUCACCCUUCACUCCUGAGCCAGCUCCCUGCAUUCAGAUAACCUGUCCUGCUGGCUUGGCUGGGUUUUGCUGGGGCAGGGGAUAGAGAAGGUAUUUUUUAAACUAACUUGAAAUGUCUGUUUUUGUUUUUAUUUUGCAAAUUUUAAUAAAGAUGCACUGUGUUUGUAUGGAAA